ACAGUCAAGAUCAACUCCCAAGUGAAUAAGAAACUUCAAGUGGUCAUCCAUGCAUCCAUCCUUUACUUGUUUAGGCCAUCCCAGAUCUCAUCUCUCACUCAGUCUCAGUGGUAAUACUGCAAUGUAAUUGUAAACAAGUACACGUGGGUUUUGUCACGUGGGUGAUAGCAUGUCACGUGAUGUGUGAUGCUUCUGACGUCAUUGAAUCAUUACACAAUUUGCUAAAUCGACCGGCGAUCGAGGCAGCGACUCUUUUGUCUCCAAAUUUGUGAUCUAACCUCCAUGAUGUCCGACUACAUGAGGAUAGCUGGGGCUAUCUUCCUGCCCAACCUUGGGGGAUUUGCAUCGAGCUUGGUCCAGAAACCUGAUAAGAUGGCAUGGUAUGACACCCUGAAGAAACCCUGGUGGACCCCACCUAAGAAGGCCUUCGCACCUGUCUGGAUAUCCCUCUACGCGGCCAUGGGGUAUUCUUCGUACCUUGUCUGGAAAGAUGGAGGUGGUUUUCAAGGCGAUGCCUUGGUCCCACUUUGUAGCUAUGGAGCAUCGCUAGCCCUCAACUGGAUUUGGACCCCAGUAUUCUUUGGAAUGCGCAAGAUGGGAUUGUCUGUAGCCAUCAUCCUAGCUUACUCUGGCCUGAGCUGUGUGAAUGUAGCUCUGUUCUACCCCAUCAAUCGGACCGCUUCCAUGCUCCUCAUACCCCUCCUUGGCUGGCUCUCCAUUGCAUCUAGCGUCAACAUCUACACUUGGCUAAACAACAGAGAAACCAAGACAGAAUAAUAUCAAUUAUUAUUUAGUGUAAUGUAAACUUGGACAUUUUUGUGUGAUGAAUCUGUGAGUUAUAAAGAGGGUGUGUUCACAUCAGUCUGACUUCUCCUGGGGCCGGUUGCAUGAAAUGGUCUUUUCAAGGACCGUCUUUCGCGUUCUUGAUUUAUUUUGAUGUGCCAUAUAAAAUACCUUUUUAACAAAUUAUUUGCCAACAUUUGUUUAUUUACCCAUUAAAAUGAAUGAACCCAUUGUUAAUAAAUAUGAUAUAUUAUUUCAUAAUUUAAUUUCAAAAGUUUGCGAAACAAUUUUGAUAUUUGGCAAUAAAUUUACAAAUGGCGUCAUAUGGUACAUCAAAAUAAAUGGGUGACACAAAAGACCUUCCUUUUGAAGAGUAAGACCCUUUUAUGCCAUCAGCCUGGAAGUUGUUUUAAAUUAAAAAUCAAACUUGUAUCAGGUCUUAGGGUGUAUGUUUCACAAGAUGCUAAAAAUAUCACAUUUAUGCCAUGUACAGUUAAUCCUUUUUAGCACUGCCAGGUAUUAUAACUUGAUUGAUUAUACAUUCAACUGGACAGAUUAUCUUUUGUUGGAUUACUACAUAUUCACAUAAUCAAUUAAUCAUCUCAACUUUUCUCAAGCAUACUUUUAACUUCCAUGAUAUUUUGAUUGACAGUUUCUUUUCAAAGUGUUUAUAUCUAUCAAUCAUUUCACAAAAAAUUUGAUUUUUCUUUAAUAGCUAAGAUACAUGCCCAUUGUCUCCCAAAAUGAAUACAUUUAUGCCCCCGUAAAUGAAAUAUAUAUGAAAAGGGAAGGGUGACGGGUUUUCAUAAUUAAUGCCCGAGGUACAAAUAAUAUUGCUACAUGAACUUAUCCAUGUUAACAGAAAAGUACCAUUUACAUGUGUUUAAAGGUAUUUGAUGAAGUACUGUGUGAAAUUACUUUAGUAUACUGUAUAUAUCUUGAAUGUAACGACAUAGGAGUGUUGUUGUAAAGUUUUAAAUAUCUAUCUGAAGUAAAUGCAGUGCAAUUCCUAAGAUGAUUUUUAAAGAUUGUUUUACUGCAUGAUAAUAAAAAAAUUUCUUGUUGAUAUAAAAUCUUCUUUGAGAAUGGGAAUUAAAUAAUUCAAUUCAAUUAUAUUCAAAGUUUAUUUCAAUCAAACAAUCAGUCAAUUAAUCAAUCAAUCAUAGAAUACAAAUAUAUACAGAUUUAGAUAAAAACAAGUGUUGCUAAAUACAUACAUGAAUUAUUGAAUUGAUUUAAAACUGAAUGAAUAGUAAAUUUUGAAGCAUUAACUUGAAAAGCACAUGAAGAUAUCUUUGAAGUUGAAAGAACACUGAUAAAUUACUAUCCAUAUUUGGCUUUGAGAAAGAAAGAUUCAGUUCAAACCAUAUUGCACAAGCCAAAGACAAAUGUAAUAGAGUCUCAGCAGAGUGCUAUUCAUUUUUACUUCUUUAUCCCUUCUUAUGCAGAUAUUUUGUAAUGUUGAAAAAAAAAUCCAAGUAUGUUUCUUGCCAGAUGAUCAGUUGGAAGAACUCUAAAACUUCAUCAUAAAUUUAUUUGUGUUAAUUUUCUUGUGUUAAACAGGAUUUGAUAUGUCUGACUUGUAUAAUUAUGUAGAUCUCUCUUUUAUAAACUAUUUACAUUUAUGUAUGCAUUUUCAGUUUAUAUACCAACUAAGAUGUAAUUAAUUAUGUAAAGUAAUCUUUGUGAAAAUGUUCAAUUUUUGUUGGAUUUUUUUCUUCAGAAAUACAUUUAUCCCUCGUUUAAAGUUAUUGUUCGAUGAGCCAAAGAUUGUUUGCAUUGCAUGUGUGUGAUAUUGUCCAGUCAUGUUGUUUUAGUGGGAGAAGGCUUGAAGGGGAAGUUCACCCUGAAGAAAAGUUUGUUGUAAAAAUAGCAGAACAAAAUAAUGAAAAAUAUUGGUGAAAGUUUGAGGAAAAAGAUCAAGAAAGUUAUUAGAAUCUUAAAUUUUGGAUUUGUGACGUCAUAAACAAGCAGCUGCCCCAUAUGUCAUGUAAAUAUAAAAUACAAUAUUUUCAUUUUUUUAAUGGUUCGCUUUGACUUAUUCUUGUUUCCUUUUUAGGAAUGGGUGUGAAAUGAUACUGAAGGUUCAGUAAAACCAUUUUUCAUUUUCUGAGAAAAUUACAUUUCAUUGAUUUUGUUACCAUAAAAUAUGUAGGAAAGAUGCUUGCAUAUUACAUCACAAAUCAAAUAAGUUAAAUUUUUUAUUCAAUGAUGGAUUUUUCUCAAACCUUCAGCAAUAUUUUUAUUAUUAUUUUUUUUUUGUAUUUUACAAUAAACUUUUUUUCAGGGUGAACUUCCCCUUUAAAAGCCGGCUUAAAAGUUAUGUAAAGAAGGAAGAGAGCACAAACAUAUUAUUUUGUUAUAUGAUUUAUAUGAAAGUGAUUAAAAAUGAUUCUUGACAUUAUUUGCUUGUUGAAGAUGGAACAAGCAUGACAACUGUUCCAUACUGAUAACAACUUAUAUGGCCACUUGCUGCCAAUAUAAUGGUUUGCAUAAUUUUUCUUUAUUUCAAAGUCCAAUAUGCAGAAAUUUCAUAAGUUUGAAUGCUAUGGCCCCUGGCUGCCAAUAUAAUGGUUUGCAUAAUUUUUCUUAUUUCAAAGUCCAAUAUGCAAACAUUUCAUAGGUUUGAAUGUUAAUCAUAAAAGCUUUUAUCUCACUCUGAGUGCAGUUAUGAACCAAAGAUUUAUUUGUUUCGGGGGUUGUUGUAAACUUUCAGAAUAAUUAGUUACAGAAUGUCAACAUUUACAGCAAAUUUAUGCAUUUAUGCACCUUCUAGUAUUGUCAUGUAUUGGAAGAACUUUCGUGUAAUGAACCUUCAGAUGAACUGUCAAUUUAAUGAGUAAAUAACUUGAAUAACCUGAGGAUAAACAUAUUCAGUAUGCUUUGCUCCUUCUUAAUGUUCAUAUUACUCUUCAAGACAAUCUACCAACUGCAAAUUGACAAAAUCACAACAUGUAGACGAAGAGGGAAGGGGGAUUCUCAAAUGAAUCAUAUUAAUUUGGUACUGAUUGGCAAUUGCUUAACUUAUGAUUAUUCUUGUGCACCCUGUUUUGUGUGUAGUCAUAAUGAAUAUUUUAUGAUUAAGUAUUUGGAAGCAUACCCUUUUCUGUAAAGUGAUUUUCAUGAAAGUGAUGAAAUAUAUAUAUAAAUAGUAUUAACGUCA